CGAGACGGCAAAACAUAAAUGACAAGAAAAAAUAAAAUAAAAUGGAAAACAUCUUCCUCAUCGCCGGUGGAUCAAGAAGAACAAGAAGAGCAAUGAAAUCAAAGAACCCUCAAGAAAAGAGAUCAAAUUCCAAUCCCAAUUCCAUUUCAGACAAUAAGUUCUCAUGCAAGAAGCACACGAAACAUAGACAGUCUCCUGGAAUCUGUUCCUUAUGUCUCGCUGAGAGGCUAUCUAAGGUAUCUCUAGAGUACAACAGCUACACUAAGAACGCAGCUCCAACGGCGUCUUCUUACUGCUCAUCAACAUCAUCUUCCACAUCGGUCUUGUCUUAUUAUUCUUCUUCUUCGGUCUCUUGUUCGUCUCCAUUGCAAUAUCGGUACAGAGAGAAGAAGAAGGAUGGGAAGAAACAUAGCUUUUUGUUCAGAUUAUUGCUCGGAUCCAUCGUAGAUUAGUUCUUUAAUAUCUGGAAGCUUUUUAUUCACACUACUGAAUAUAUAAUUCCUUUUAUGCAUUCGUUCUUGGUCACUCAGGACAUGCAGAAAAGCAGUCAAAUUGCAUAAGAUUUUUUCUACCUACAAAAUUAUAUUUUUUUAGACCAAAAAAAAAAAAUUAUAUAUUUUAAAAUAUUUGUUGUAACCAAUAUAAAGGAAGUGAAAGAUCAUUUGUUUCUUUAUUAAUGAUACAUCACAAUUCACAA